GUUGACCCCUACACCUGCCCCUAUAUCUUCCCCUAUUCUAUCUUAUUCGUCUUUACCAGUCUCUGUUACUGUGCCUAUUCCUAUGGCUCGAUCCCCUCUACAGCCUACUUGGCAACCUCCGUCGUUAGAAGAGUUCUUUACUGAUAUCGAACGUCGACGGCUUCAGCCUGUACUAUAUAACUGUAGUAACUUUGGCACAGUGACCAAUUUUUUGGCAGAGACGGGGCAGGAAAAUGACCCGAUAGAACUGAUGGAAGCACGGAAUAUGGCUCUCGCUACAAGGGGAGUGUAUACUUCCUGCACUCCAACAAUGGCAUGGAAUUAUCACUUUGGAGAUAUGAAUGAUUUCUACGCCGAAAGAUUUGCACAAGUCGGUGCUCAAAAUUUUAUUUCUAGGUCUCAGGAUGUGCGCAGACAGCGUCCGAAGAGGGCUGCAGCAGAGAGGGCUUCAAAUGCUUGGAAAGGACUUAGCCCGCACAAGAGACAGCGACGUCAGUAGAAUAUAUGCUUUGACUCAUAAAUUGGACAAGACAUCGAGAUACGCUUCAAACUUCAGUCGAAGGAGCUAACAAUAGUGAUAUAUUAAAUCUUAGUAUAGGAUUUGUUGAUGAAGCUCAACUGACCUCCGAAUUUGGUUAGAUGAACUUUCUAGGUGAUGAAAUGGGUCACGUGAGGUCAGCCGAACCUUUUUCGAGGUCAGCCGAACUGUAGUCACGACAGUUGAUGAUGGAUCAAGCUGAUGCACGUGACUUAGAGCCACGUGUGUGUCACGUGUGGCUUCCACUCACGAUGUUAAUUAAAUGUCUUCCUGAACAGCCA